CCCCCCCCGUCGCGCCCCCACCGCGAUGAUGGAGCUGGGCUGCUGGACGCAGCUGGGGCUCGCUUUCCUGCAGCUCCUCCUCAUCUCGUCCUUGCCCAGAGAGUACACGGUCAUUAAUGAAGCCUGUCCUGGGGCCGAGUGGAAUAUCAUGUGCCGGGAGUGCUGUGAAUACGAUCAGAUUGAAUGUGUCUGCCCUGGAAAGAAGGAAGUGGUGGGUUACACCAUCCCGUGCUGCAGGAAUGAGGAGAAUGAGUGUGACUCCUGCCUCAUUCACCCAGGUUGUACCAUCUUUGAAAACUGCAAGACCUGCCGGAACGGCUCAUGGGGAGGCACCCUGGAUGACUUCUACGUGAAGGGGGUCUACUGCGCAGAGUGCCGGGCGGGCUGGUACGGAGGAGACUGCAUGCGAUGUGGCCAGGUUCUGCGGGCCUCAAAGGGUCAGAUUUUGUUGGAGAGCUACCCCCUAAACGCUCACUGCGAAUGGACCAUUCAUGCCAAACCUGGGUUCAUCAUCCAGCUAAGGUUUGUCAUGUUGAGCCUGGAGUUUGACUACAUGUGCCAGUAUGACUAUGUUGAGGUCCGUGACGGGGACAGUAGCAACGGCCAGAUCAUCAAACGUUUCUGUGGCAAUGAGCGGCCAGCUCCCAUCCGGAGCACAGACUCUUCACUCCACAUCCUCUUCCAUUCAGAUGGCUCCAAGAAUUUCGAUGGCUUCCAUGCCAUAUUUGAGGAGAUCACAGCAUGUUCCUCUUCUCCCUGUUUCCAUGAUGGCACUUGCCUCCUUGACAAAACUGGAUCCUACAAAUGUGCCUGCCUGGCAGGCUACACUGGGCAGCACUGUGAAAAUCUCCUUGAAGAAAGUAACUGCUCAGACCCUGGGGGCCCAGUCAAUGGGUACAAGAAGAUAACCGGAGGCCCUGGGCUUAUCAAUGGGCGCCAUGCGAAAAUUGGCACCAUUGUGACCUUCUUUUGUAAUAACUCAUACGUUCUUAGUGGCAAUGAGAAGAGAACUUGCCAGCAGAAUGGAGAGUGGUCGGGGAAACAGCCUAUUUGCAUAAAAGCCUGCCGAGAACCAAAGGUCUCAGACCUGGUGAGACGCAGAGUCCUUCCCAUGCAGGUUCAAUCAAGGGAGACACCGUUACACCAGCUCUACUCGGCCCCCUUCAACAAACAGAAGCUGCAGGGCGCCCCCACCAAGAAGCCGGCCCUUCCCUUUGGAGACCUGCCCCCUGGGUUCCAACACCUGCACACCCAGCUCCAGUACGAGUGCAUCUCGCCUUUCUACCGCCGCCUGGGCAGCAGCCGCAGGACGUGCCUGAGGACCGGGAAGUGGAGUGGACGUGCCCCGUCCUGCGUUCCUAUCUGCGGGAAAACAGAGAACGUCACCACUCCAAAGAGCCAGGGGCUGCGCUGGCCGUGGCAGGCGGCCAUCUACCGGAGGGCCAGCGGGGAGCACGGUGGCAGCGUGCGCAAGAACGCGUGGCUCCUGGUCUGCAGUGGCGCCCUGGUGAACGAGCGCACCGUGGUGGCGGCUGCCCACUGCGUAACUGACCUGGAGAAGGUCACCAUGAUCAAGACAGCAGACCUCAAAGUGGUCCUGGGGAAGUUCUACCGCGAUGAUGACCGAGAUGAGAAGACCGUCCAGAGCUUGCGGAUUUCGGCCAUCAUCCUGCACCCCAACUACGACCCCAUCCUGCUGGACACGGACCUCGCCAUCCUGAAGCUGCUGGACAAGGCUCGCGUCAGCACCCGCGUCCAGCCGAUCUGCCUGGCGGCCCCGCGGGACCUGAGCACCUCCUUCCAGGAGGCCCGCAUCACCGUGGCCGGCUGGAAUGUUCUGGCAGAUGCGAGAAGCCCCGGCUUCAAGAACGACACGCUGCGCUCAGGGGUGGUCAGGGUGGUGGACUCGCUGCUGUGCGAGGAGCAGCACGAAGAGCACGGCAUCCCCGUGAGCAUCACGGACAACAUGUUCUGUGCCAGCCGGGACCCUGCCGCCCCUUCGGAUAUCUGCAUGGCCCAGACGGGAGGCAUCGCCGCUGUGGCCUUUCCGGGACGGGCAUCCCCUGAGCCACGCUGGCACCUGGUGGGGCUGGUCAGCUGGAGCUAUGACAAAGCAUGCAGCCACAGCCUGUACACGGCCUUCAGCAAGGUCCUGCCUUUUAAAGACUGGAUCGAGAGAAACAUGAAGUGACCUCGGACCCCUGGAGACACUUCUCGCGCGUCCGUGGGUACAGGUGUCACAUGAGGCGGGGUGAGCCUGAAGUUCGGGUCCUCCUGUGACUUGGGCUGGGCCGGGGCUUCGGACUUCAGGAUCGAAACUCAGUGGAGAGUGCGUAGAGCUCACUUUCUGGUAGGGCCCUGCCUCCCUGGCUGCGGAGACCAUUUGGAAGACUCCAGGGCUGCGUGCGAGAACGGAGUCUCCUCGAAGGAGACCAUGCAGAUAGCAGAGGCCCCGAUCCACCAGCCCAGUGGCCUGGCCCACCUGCCCUUCACUGGUGUGAACGUCAUGGCCAGCUCUGGCCGAGAGGGUUGGCCAAGAAGAGCGAUUCAUGAGGUCUCUUCCAAGACUCUGGUCAGACAAAGUUCCUGAGAGCCGCCUGUGGGACAGAGCAAGGCAGCAGAGCUUGGAUGUGGCCUUGGCUUUUGGUGUCUCUGGCCACAGUAAAGUGGGGUCCUUUUCUUUCUCCAUCCCCCAUACGUAUUUUAAUAAAACAGGGGUUGGCUUCUGACCUACAG